AGAGGUAUCAUAGAGAGUAUCGGAGAUGGAGGCCAGCUUUGAGAGGAGAUUCCAAGAGCACAUGUGCUUACUUAGCCAGCAAUAUUCUAUGAAUGCUACACAACCCCAGACUGGUUAUCCUUCUUUUGCACCACCCCAGACUAUUGAUCCUUCUUUUGGAGGAUUUAGACCUGAUCACUUACCACCUCCUACUUAGAGACAUUAAUAUUUUAAACUUAUAUUACAUAUGUUUAUAUAUAUGUACUGCAUACGUAUAUAUAUGUUGUGUAGGAUGAGAAGUUAGUAUAUAUUUAUUAACUUAAACUAGUUUUUAGUUAUGUAGUAUUUGAGUUUAAAUAGGUAAAAUAUAUAAUAUUAAUCAAAUUUAACAAUCCUG